CAUGCGACUUGGAGGCGCACCGGCUCCACAGACGAGAAACACUGCGCUAUGGCCUCGUUCUAAGCCUCAGUACAGGACAGUGGUGCACGUACCGAACCGGCAAUCCGUCACCAUCGACGCCUUGAUCAUGGACCUACGGUCCAGAGGCUUUUUAGGGGUCCGUCGGAGUUGUCUGUAGUACUCCCCAAGUACUAUAUUGUUUGAUUUUGAGCACUGUCAAUUUCGCACGCCCGGGGAUUUAAAGCGAAGUGACAGCAGGAGAGGCACUCACCCCGGCUGCCGGUUAGCUAACUAGCACGCUAAAACAGUUAGCCAAGAAAGGGCAUCACUUUUCCUUUUGGAGUAAAGGACAAGGAAACAACCACACAGCUUUUUUCACUAACAGGAGACCGAUCUGAUCAGAGGCAGAACCCCGAGUUAACCAUCCAUCCUCCAUAUUCACUACUGAUUACCGAAGGCUGGCAACACAACGCCACCCUGAUGCAGAACCACAAAAGAGCGUGAAAUGAACAAACCACCACAGCCUAUAACGGGACCCACUUCUGUCCCAAACCCAUCCCCCUCCCCUGGACUAACACAGGCUGCCUACGGCCCUGGACAGCCCCCUUCUCUUGUUUUUGCCACCCCUCCACCUCCACAAAUGAACUCCGCACCACAGCCAAGACAGUUUGCUGCAGGGCCUCGUACUUUACACCAACAGGGCGGAUACAGAGCUCUACAGACCUACUAUCCAAACCGACCAGCCAUGGCCACCAGUGCUCCAAGAGUACAAACAAGUAGUGGACCUCGGCCCGUUGGACCUGCUCAUGUCUAUCAGCCCAGCUCCCAGAUGAUGAUGAUCUCCCAGCCUCAGCUGUCUUUUGCUGGUUCACCUCAGGGGUACUUCAUCCCCCCUCAUGGACAGUACCGGGCCCAAUACAUGCCUCCUACUCAGCAGUAUCCUGUGACCAGUGGUACGACAAGCUUUUAUCCUGGAACCAGUCCUGCCGAAUACCCCGCUUAUGCUGGAGCAUACUACCCAGCUCAGCCACAGUACCCUCCAUCUGUUCAGCCUGCACCAGUCUUGAUCAACACCCCUCAGCAACAGCAACAAGCCCCGCCUCCUCAGCAACCACCGGCACAGUCACAAGGCCAACUAAAGCGAGAACGUAAACCGGUAGUGUGUCACAACAAAAGAGCAACACAUCUCUUGUCUGAGAUAAGAAUACGAGACCCCAACCAGGGCGGACGUGACAUCACAGAGGAGAUAAUGUCAGGUGGAAGGUCCGCCACCACCCCAACUCCUCCACAGGCCUCCACAACAGAUUUAAGUCCUGCUCAGACCAACGGUGAAGUUGUACAGCCUGCCACCACAGUGACGAGCCAAGAUGAAGACAUGGAGCCUCCUGCUAGCGCUGAUACUCCUCCACCUCCUCCAACAGCAGAGACAGAGCCUGUGGUGGAGCCCAAACAGGAAACGAGCAGCCAGAUGACAGUGUGCGCUGAAUUAGUCACUCAAUCUGUGGCCUCCACAGCUGCAACUGGCGUUCCAUCCACAUUAAUAGAGGACCACCAGUCUCCUUCUCCCCCACCUCCUGCUGUAGCAUCUACUCCCCCUACUGAAGCGGAACAUAAAGACAUUACUAAAGCUGGUGACACAGUAGAUGCUCCUGCCAGCCCCUCGGCAUCAUUAGCAGAACAAGAGGCACCUGUCAAAAUGGAGGUUUCACCUGCUGUUCCAGUUCCAACUGAGAAGGUACCUGAAAAGGAAGAAAGGACAACCGAAGUAGUGAAAGAGGAGCGGGUGGCCAGCCCAAAUUUGGAGCCUGCAGUUGAAGUUGAAGUUGAAGCAAUAGUUGCCCCUGUUAAAGUGGAAAAGGAAGAAGCAGUUGCAAAGACAGCAAUUGAGAUGUCCCCGCCUCCACCCUCUGCACAGGAACCUGCUGCUCCACAGACUCAAAAUGCUGCACCUGAACCUGAACCUGAACCUGCACCUGCACCUGCACCUGAAAUUGAACCUGAACCUGAACCUGAACCCGAACCCGAACCCGACCUCGAACCUGAACCCACUCUAGAUGAAACAGAAGAACCUCCUCUUUCUAAUGGCCUUCCCCAGGACAUUGAGGCACUAUCUGAGGAUGUGGCACUUACCGACACUACACCCCUUGACAAACCUGACGCUACUCAAUCUCAGGAAUCCACACCUAUGGGUAAGAUGGCAGCACCAACCCAGGAAGAGGUGGAGGAGGAUAAGGAGGGAGAAGAUGGGAAGGAGAAAAGUGAGGAUGUCCCCCCCACCCCGGUGAGCUGCCCUACAGAGGAAGCUACUAUGCAAGCAGCUCAGUCUCUGCCAAAGAAGAGGAGAAACAUGAAGGAGCUCAACAAAAAGGCCAUUGGGGACCUCCUGGAUGCAUUCACAGAUGAGCCCGUUUCUGAACCCUCUUCAACUCAGGCAACCCCUGUCCCUGUUGCUCCAGCUGAGCCUCCCACUGAGACUGCAGAUGAGACUUGGGAAGAGCAAGAAGACAAGCAGAAUGCAGAGCCUGACGGACCCAAAGCCACAUCUGAGUCAACUGAGCAGAAAUACAAGUACAAAGAAGAACAAUGGAAGCCGAUAAACCCAGAAGAGAAGAAGCAGUACGACAGGGAUUUCCUCCUCGGCUUCCAGUUUAUCAGUGCCAGUAUGAACAAACCUGAUGGUCUGCCUACCAUCAGUGAUGUAGUCCUAGACAAGGUGAACAAGACUCCCCUGCGACCUGUUGACCCAGCUCGACUUAUGAGUGUUGGUCCAGAUUUUACUCCCUCGUAUUUGGGUAAUCUUGGAAGCAGAUCAGUGGGAGGACCACGAGGCCCGCCCCCUGGACCACGUCGCUCCCAGCAGGGCCAGCGUAAGGAGCCCAGGAAAAUCAUAAGCAGUAUGUCCCUCAGUGAUGAUGUACAUCUCAACAAGGCUGAGAAUGCAUGGAAGCCCACAGGGAAGAAGCCCACUCGCAGCCGUACUGUAGAGGAACCCGAAGAAGAUGGCAGUGAGCUGUCCAAGACCCAGGAGCUACUCAAGCGUCUGCGUAGUAUCCUCAACAAGUUGACUCCUCAAAAGUUUCAGGAUCUGAUGAAACAGGUGACAGAUCUACCGAUAGAUACUGAGGAGAGACUGAAGGGAGCCAUUGACCUAAUUUUUGAGAAGGCCAUCUCGGAGCCCAACUUCUCUGUGGCCUACGCCAACAUGUGCCGCUGCCUUAUGGGAUUGAAAGUCCCCACUUCAGACAAGCCAGGAGCUUAUGCCAACUUUCGUAAAAUGCUGCUUAACCGCUGUCAGAAGGAGUUUGAAAAGGACCAGGAUGAUGAUGAGAUCUUUGAGAAGAAGCAAAAGGAGUUGGAGGCUUGCAAAGAUGAAGAACGUGAGCGUUUGAAGGCGGAGCUGGAAGAGGCCAGAGACCAGGCCCGCCGCCGCUCUUUGGGUAACAUAAAGUUCAUCGGCGAGCUCUUCAAGCUGAAGAUGCUGACAGAGGCCAUCAUGCACGACUGUGUUGUAAAACUGCUAAAGAAUCAUGAUGAGGAGUCUCUGGAGUGUCUCUGUAGGCUGCUCUCUACCAUUGGGAAAGAUCUUGACUUUGAAAAGGCCAAGCCUCGUAUGGAUCAGUAUUUUAACCAGAUGGACAAGAUCAUCAAAGAGAGAAAGACCUCAUCCAGAAUCCGUUUCAUGCUGCAGGAUGUCUUGGACCUUAGGAGGAGUAACUGGGUGCCACGGAGAGGAGAGCAGGGUCCUAAAACAAUCGACCAAAUCCACAAGGAGGCAGAGUUGGAGGAGCACAGGGAACACAUCAAAGUCCAGCAGCAGAUCAUGUCCAAGAAAGAGGGAGGUGGAGGUGGAGGUGGAGGCGGAGGCGGAGGUGGAGGCAGAAUGGGUGGAGGCAUGGGGGGCCGAUCUCACACACCGGGAGGAAGCCGUCUUAGCCAGCCUCAGGACGAGGGAUGGAACACGGUGCCCAUCUCCAAGAACAGACCCAUUGACACUACCCGCCUUAGCAAAAUCACAAAGCCUGGUGUCCUGGACUUUAAUAAUCAACUGUUGGCUCCAGGAGGCAAAGGCAUGUGGGGUAGCUGGGGCAAAGGCAGCAGUGGAGGGACUGGUGCUAAACCAGCUAGUGGAGAGCAGGAUUCUGGUCGUCCAGCCACCAGCACCCUCAACCGUUUCUCUGCUCUGCAGCAGUCUGGUUCACUGUUGUCUUCAACAGAACCUGAUCGCAGAGUUCCUCAGAGGUCAAGCUCCAGUCGUGAGCGUGGUGGUGACAGAGACCGAGGCGACCGCGAGAGGGACCGCUUUGACCGAUUUGAUCGCAGUGAGGGACAGGAAGGUCGUGACGACAGGAGCAAUCGUAACCAAAUCACCAAGAGGAGCUUCAGCAGAGAGUCGCAGGAGCGUGGUGGCAGGGGUGGAGACAGCAGGGCCACAACUGAGGCUGUGCGUCGUGUCGCCAGUAUGACUGACGACCGGGACAGGGGAAGCCGGGACAGGGGAAGCCGGGAUAGAGGAAGCAAAGACCGGGGAAGCAGAGACCGGGGAAGCAAAGACCGGGGUCCAAGCAAAGCUCUCCCAGCCAAGCGUGAGAGUGCUCCCACUCCUCCUCCUUCUCUUCCCAAACCUUCUCUGACUGAGGAGGAGGUGGAGAAAAAAACAAGCGCCAUUAUUGAAGAAUACCUUCACAUCAAUGACUUGAAGGAGGCACUGCAGUGUGUGUCAGAGCUCAACAGUGCCUCGCUGCUGUAUGUGUUUGUGCGGAAUGGCGUGGAGUCUACACUUGAGCGCAGCACAAUCGCUAGAGAGCACACGGGCCUGUUGCUACACCAACUCAUUAAGGCAGGAACGUUGCCAGCACAGCAAUACUACAAAGGGUUAGAAGAGAUCCUGGAAUCAGCAGAAGACAUUGCCAUAGAUAUACCUCAUAUCUGGCUCUACCUGGCUGAGCUCAUUUCCCCCAUGCUCCAUGAAGGAGGUAUCCCUAUGGGACAGCUCUUCAGGGAGAUCUCCAAGCCUCUCUUGCCUCAGGGGAAGGCUGGUGUUCUGCUGGUACAGAUCCUCAAGUUGCUCUGCAAAGAAAUGACCCCUAAGAAGGUUGGAUACAUGUGGACAGACGCUGGGCUGAACUGGAAUGACUUCUUGCCCAAGAAUGAAGACGUCAACAAAUUUGUCACUGAGCAGAAAGUGGAUUUCACAGUAGGGGAAGAGGCAGAGUUGGUGGAAGUGGGAAAGAAAGUCCUCACUGGAGAAGACCUUGGCAAACAGCUGGACAGACUCCUUCAGGACAAGGCCAGCAACCAGCGCAUCAGAGACUGGGUUGAGGCUAAUUUGGACGAGCAGCAGGUAGCCUCCAACCAGUUCAUAAGAGCACUGAUGACAUCGCUGUGCCAGUCUGCCAUCAUAUGCGACAACCCGUACAGAGUGGAUCCGAGUCAGAUCAAUCAGAGAGCCAGUUUGCUGCAGAAAUACCUGUGCGAUGAGCAGAAAGAGCUGCAGGCCCUUUACGCCCUCCAGGGUUUGAUGGUACACAUGGAGCAGCCUGCCAACCUGCUGCGGAUGUUCUUCGAUGCCUUGUACGACGAGGACGUCAUCAAAGAAGAGGCCUUCUACAAAUGGGAAUCCAGCAAAGAUCCAGCGGAGCAAACGGGCAAAGGUGUGGCCUUGAAAUCCGUCACCGCCUUCUUCACCUGGCUCCGUGAGGCAGAGGAGGAGUCUGACAAGGAAUAAAAGGAGCAAGCUGACUGCUGCCGCCCCCUCUUUUGGCUAGGCGGGGACAAUAUUGCCAGAGAGGCAGACUCAAAUAAAUCCUCAGUGAGGAUAAAUCUUUAUUAGUUGGUCUUUUCAUGGAGCGGUGGACUCGGAAAAAACUGUCAUGUCUCUUUACCCUCAUUAUUCCCUCACCUGCUUGUUACAGUGAGUCAGAACCAGACCUGAAAGAUUGCAAUGCCUGAAACAGAUAAAAAUACUCGUUAAUAUCAAAAACACAUGGGCCUCCGAAAUCUAAGUGCGAGUGCGUCAAAAGACAAUGUGGGGGAGGGGGAGGGUGACGGUGUGUAAGUAUUCCACAAUCACUACGAUUUUUUUUUGGCACAAUAUAACAAACCAGGCUGCUUUUCUAUGGUUAUAGAUCAUUACACGUCAUGCCAGACAUGUGAUCUGCGAUAAUAAACAGCAGUGCAUGUGGUGUAGUGGAUCCCCCCACUACAUGGGUGUCAUCUUGCCAUAAGGUGUGUUCAGCGCAGACACUGCUCUUCUUCGUCUUUGUCCAUAACUGGAGUGUGCAGCAUGACUGAAGUGUGUUUCUAUUAAUUAUACAGGUGGAUGAAAUGUUGCUAGAAAAAAUGAAUAUGAACUAAAUUUGACAGAUGGAGGUUUUUAAAGAAAAGGUUGUCUAUUUUCUCUUCCCCUUUCCUAUCAUGAACUUGUGGACAGAGACAGAGGACUGAUGUUGACCUCGACUACUCGGGGUUGGUCUUAAUGCUUCCUCUAAGCCAUCCUCACCCAUCCCCAGUAGUGAAACCACACUGACUGACUCCUCAUCUUUACCUCUUCUGUACUCACACCUGAGCUGUAGUAGAGGGCACUUAAAUGACAGUGACCAUGAAAACUUGAAAUCUACAGAAAAUUGACUUGAUGAAAUAUAUAAAAGUUAGGAAAAAAAAAACAAAAACAGAAAUGAUCCGAAAGCCUUUUCUACUUUAAGUGGAAACUCAUUUCAGGAGCGUUCUGUAAAUACAUAAUACAAAAAACAACUUUUUUUCCAGUUUUAUUUUUCAGAAACAAUGAAUUGCUGUUAUAAUUGCAGUGUAUCCUUUUCCAACAGCAGAUGUCCAGAUGCAGAGAGGUGCUUUAGAUAAUCCAUUGAUUAUUAGUUUUAUUGGAAUUUUGUAAAUACAUUUUUUUUUUGCUUUCUUUAUUUAAGAAAUUAUUGCUUCCUUUGCAUCUGAAACUGGAAAGGUAAGGUAACGGAACAUUGCAAAUAAAGGACUUACUAAGUUGC